CCUCGCAGUUUACGGAAGUGAUUCAUACGCGGAAACAACACGUCAGAAAUGGCCACAGGGGCAGACCAAGCAGUUGGCAUGGGCCUUGUUGGCUUCAGCCUCCUGUUGUUUACAUACUACACAAUAUGGGUAAUCAUUCUGCCGUUCGUGGACAGCGAUCAUGUGGCCCACCAGUAUUUUCUUCAACGGGAGUAUUCUGUCAUUCUACCUGGGAUCGCAGCAUUGAUACUGCUGCUCAGUGUAGGUACCUUCAUUGGAGUGGUCACCUGGAAGAAUCGCAAGCCUAAGAAGGUGGACUAAGAGGGAUGGUAUCACAGAGGCGGUUGAGGAUGUAGAGCUAGAACUGAAGCCACUGUAGCUUCCAUAGAACCUCCCUGGUUCCAACAUCUUUCCAACAGUUCAGCUGAAGAAACUAAAAACAAAGUCUGGGCUGCUUCUCUGUGACAGCUGAUGAAAACAUCUAAUGACUGAAAGAUAAGAUUUGAAGAGCUGCUGUCCACAACCUUCUAUCCCUUAUCUCCAUUCAGACCCACUAUGUGAAAUCCUUAACCUUGCUGUUGGCAAUGCAUGGCUCCAGAUGCUAUAUUUGUCCUCAAGGUGCAUUAUCAUUUUGCCAGAGAUUAAAAUCAAUGAGUCAGUAUUCACUGUUACUGUAUGUGGUCAGAACUAGAUAAAACCUGGCUUCAUAAUGUGGAGGGGAUAAAGAUUUGCUGAUUUUUGUAGAGUGUACGAUAUCAGAUCAAAGUUUCACUUUGGCAUCCCUUUUCAUCACAUCUUGGAUGUAGUUUUCAAGCACUGUUUUACAUCUCAAUUUAAGAUAAAUUGGAGUGGUCACCCUUAAAGGCAGUGUUGUGUUCGAGACCACUGAGACCGAGUCAAGACCGGGAGGGGGGGGGGGGGAAGGGGUCCAAGACUGAGACCAGAAGAAUGCGAGUCCAAUUCAAGACCGUGAUUGUAAUUCUGUCAAAUAAUCAUCAGCUGGUGUGUGGAACUGUGUGUGUUAUUGCCGUGCUUGCUGUUAGCCAUCUCUUUGAAAAGAACUUGUGUGUGUGAAACAUCGUUGUGGUUUAAAGUGGAACUGACAGCAUUUUAGCAACAUUACAUUGGAUUAAAAUAUGUUCAGAUACACACCCAGGAAGAAUAUGACACUUAGAUAUGGUCAUUUUCAUAAAUUCUUAGAAUGUUUGGGAAUUCCGUAUACUAAGGCAUUUGUGAAAAUUCUAUAGCAAUAUAGAUUGGGAAAGCAAAAAGUCAGUCACUCACCUACUCUUCCAAUGACAUGACAUACUCCUAGCAGCUAGCUAUCUAGCUAAUGUUAGACUAUGUUUUUAACUUGAUACAUGCUAGCCUAUUAGCCACGUUGUGACUGACUUGUGGUCAUUGCCCUUGCUCGUUUGAUUGUAUUGAAAUUCCCGGCCUUAGUUACAUUCGUAUGUUUUUGUCCAGAUUAUUGAGUCUUUGAAACUGAAACCGUACAUCCUGAAUGGAGACACAGAACUAUGUACCAGGCCAGCUGUGAUGUACAAUCUGAUAGCAAUAGAAAUGUAUUGGUGAAUUAUAUUAAUCAUGAAUAGAACUGCAUCCAUCUAUUCAGCCAACAAUGCCUUAGUGUAUGGCAUGGUACGUUGAGUCAAAUAGAACCUAUUUUUUUAAACCUCUUAUAAAGACGGUUUUGUAGCAUAAACUGGGAAUUUGAUAUUUUUGACAGAUUUUACGAUUGUCUGUUUCAUAUCUGCGAAGUAUUUAAAACGCUGUCAGUUCCACUCUAGGUCACUGGUUACUUUGUAUGCAAACAUGAAAUUUUUUUUGCAAUGGGAAGUAAUAGUUGUACAUUUCAAUUAGGAAAUGCUUAAUGGUUGUUUUUGUAUUCUUAUGACUGGGAUCUACUGGCUUAUUAUGUCUGAGUUUAUGGACUGCUUAUCCUUUAACAUCUUAUUUAACAUUUAACUAUGCAAGUCAGUUAAGGACAAAUUCUUAUUUUCAAUGACGGCCUAGGAACAGUGGGUUAACUGCCUUGUUCAGGGGCAGAACGACAGAUUUGUACCUUGCCAGCUCGGGAUUCAAUCUCGCAAUCUUUCGGUUACUAGUCCAACAUCCUAACCACUAGGCUACAUGCCACCCCCUCAUACUGUGUGUGACUGUUGUUUUUCCAUUGGCCCUAUACCGUGGUGUCGUGGUGCCUGGAGAAGUGGGUAUACUCUAAUUUGGCAAAAAAGUUCACAAAGGAAAGGCACCCUGUGUGAAAAUGUCUUUUUGUAGUGCAUUUUCCUUGCACAUUUUUGGAUUUUCACUCAAAAUCACAUUUUUUUCUAUAUAAAUAAAUUGAUGGUCUAAGUCCACAACAAUGCUGAAACCACAUCAAUCUGAUUGGGUGGGCCUGUCAGGGCCUGGCUCCCCAGUGGGUGGGCCUCUGUCCACCCAGGCCCAUCCAUGUCUACGCCCCUGAUGCAAACAAUGCUGAAACCACAUCAAUCUGAUUGGGUGGGCCUGUCAGGGCCUGGCUCCCCAGUGGGUGGGCCUCUGUCCACCCAGGCCCAUCCAUGUCUACACCCCUGAUGCAAACAAUGCUGAAACCACAUCAAUCUGAUUGGGUGGGCCUGUCAGGGCCUGGCUCCCCAGUGGGUGGGCCUCUGUCCACCCAGGCCCAUCCAUGUCUACACCCCUGAUGCAAACAAUGCUGAAACCACAUCAAUCUGAUUGGGUGGGCCUGUCAGGGCCUGGCUCCCCAGUGGGUGGGCCUCUGUCCACCCAGGCCCAUCCAUGUCUACGCCCCUGAUGCAAACAGUGCAUCAGGACAAGCAUGCGUCACAGAAAGCCCACUAACCAACAUGUGGGACUAAACCUUUUCAAUACAUGAUUUGCAUACCUAUCGUUGCAUUGGUUGACAUUUACUGGUACAUAUAAUUAGAUGAAACCUGUGGCGGUUCUAGACCAUUUUGACGUUGUUGUUGUCAUAUCGUUUCAGCACUGCAUUGCAGGCAAAAUACCAUGUUCAUAGUCAUCAUCGUUGCCACUGUCUAAUAACGGAUGUAAAAACAGAGCGAUAGCAAAGAUUAGUCAUGGGAAAAUGAUUUCAUACUCCCCCCCCCCAGAACCGCUAGUGGAUGACACAUCUUUCCUACCCUACCGGCUAUCGAUGUCUGUGAGUUGCUCCAUGCCAAAACCAGUUGACAGCUGCACUCUUGCUGCCUGCAGAUGAUAUUUCGCUGAAACGAGGCUGUGUGCGGCGCAUGUGAAUAUAUUUAACCUGCUUUGCGAUUGUGUAGGCUACUUUGUGCAUGAAUAUCUCUAUUUUACUACAUAAUUGAUAAGUCUUAUACCUCCACUACACUGCUUUGAAACUAGGGAUUAAGAAGUGAAGCAAUGCCCACUGAAAACAAUAACUGGGUAUACAGUUUAUAGCUGCGUGUAGCCUCCAAUACACCACUGGCCCUGGCAUUACGGUUGCUGUCCUUUCAGAAUCACGGACCUGGCACACACUGAAGGCCUAUAGGUUCUCCACUGUAUGGACCUGGCACACACUGAAGGCCUACAGGUUCUCCACUGUAUGGACCUGGCACACACUGAAGGUCUAUAGGUUCUCCACUGUAUGGACCUGGCACACACUGAAGGCCUAUAGGUUCUCCACUGUAUGGACCUGGCACACACUGAAGGCCUAUAGGUUCUCCACUGUAUGGACCUGGCACACACUGAAGGCCUAUAGGUUCUCCACUGUAUGGACCUGGCACACACUGAAGGCCUAUAGGUUCUCCACUGUAUGGACCUGGCACACACUGAAGGCCUAUAGGUUCUCCACUGUAUGGACCUGGCACACACUGAAGGCCUAUAGGUUCUCCACUGUAUGGACCUGGCACACACUGAAGGCCUAUAGGUUCUCCACUGUAUGGACCUGGCACACACUGAAGGCCUAUAGGUUCUCCACUGUAUGGACCUGGCACACACUGAAGGCCUAUAGGUUCUCCACUGUAUGGACCUGGCACACACUGAAGGCCUAUAGGUUCUCCACUGUAUGGACCUGGCACACACUGAAGGCCUAUAGGUUCUCCACUGUAUGGACCUGGCACACACUGAAGGCCUAUAGGUUCUCCACUGUAUGGACCUGGCACACACUGAAGGCCUAUAGGUUCUCCACUGUAUGGACCUGGCACACACUGAAGGCCUAUAGGUUCUCCACUGUAUGGACCUGGCACACACUGAAGGCCUAUAGGUUCUCCACUGUGUGGACCUGGCACACACUGAAGGCCUAUAGGUUCUCCACUGCGCAAACAUGUCUAUAAUAUAUAUAAAGGCUGUCAAGAUAUUGUUUCAAGAAAGGUGUCUAUAUAUUUGGCCUGGUGAAGCGGUUUUUUGCGCUGACUGAAUGGAAGCUGAUAAUUCGUUUUUUACUCCGCUGGUUUCGGGAAUAAAUUACGAGUCCUCACUGUCCCGAGACAGAGUCAAAACCAGUACAAAUGUAUCCGACACCGAGAGUACUACAACACUGUUUAAAGGUCUGUUGAGUUCUAAUGAUAUUGCUAAGAAUUAUAAAUAUCAAUUGUUUAGUAACUAGUCUACACAGAAUGAAAAGGCCCAAUUGAUUAAUGUAAAAUGUUUGAUUUCCAAGCAUUUUUACUGUAUCCAUAGAAGUAUUGUAGAUAGGCUGCACUGUGUGGCAAAUGAGGGAAUCUGGCAUGGUCUGAAAUAUCGUAUCUGUCCAAUUAGGGCGUCUGAGAGAGCAUGUGCAGUGCGGUUGAGGCCAUCUCCAGUUUGAAGUAGUACUUUUUCUUCUCCUACCACUUCUAUGAGUUGCUAAACAAUACUGCCACCUGGAGUAUAUUGUUUGAACAGGUAUAAAGCCACGGUUGUGAUUUACUGCCACCUACAGCUAUGGAAUGUUUCCUCAGGUGUAUAAUUAAUUGGCUAAUCCCUCCAGAUGACUUGGAUGGAAUUAUGUGGGCCCCUGAGUGGCGCAGCGGUCUGAGGCACUGCAUCUCAGUGCUUGAGGCAUCACUACAGACACCCUGGUUCGAAUCCAGGCUGUAUUACAACCGGCAGUGAUUGGGAGUCCCAUAGGACGGCGCUCAAUUGGCCCAGCGUUGGCUGGUGUAGGCCUUCAUAGUAAAUAAGAAUUUGUUCUUAACUGACUUGCCUAGUUAAAUAAAUAAAAACUUAACCCAUAGGAAGUUCCCACCCAGUUGACUACUUCAAGAUGGUGAAAGUCUUCAAUGGUGUUGCCCAUGUUAAAACAGCAUUUUGGGCACUGGAGUCCUAUUAUAUCUAUAUGGAAAUACUAUUCAACACUUUGGUAGUUCAAGUAGAACAUAUACUGAACAGAAAUAUAAAUGCAACAUGCAACAAUUUCUGAGUUACAGUAAGGAAAUCAGUCAAUUGAAAUAAAUUAAUUAGGCAUGCAUCUAUAGAUUUCACAUGAAUGGGUAGGGGUGCAGCCAUGGGAGGGCCACUGGGGAGACGGGCCCAGCCAAUCAGACUGAGUUUUCCCCACAAAAGGGAUUUAUUAAAGACAGAAGUACUGCUCAGUUUCAUCAGCUGGUCUCAGACAAUCCCGCAGAUGAAGAAGCCGGAUGUGGAGGUCCUGGACUGGCGUGGUUACAUGUGGUUUGCGGUUUGUGAGGCCGGUUGGACGUACUGCCAAAUUCUCUAAAAAGACAUUAGAGGCGGUUUAUGGUAGAGAAAUUAACAUUAAAUUCUCUGGCAACAGCUCUGGUGCCAAUUGCACGCUCCUUCAAAACUUGUGACAUCUGUGGCAAUAUUUUGUGUGAGACAACUGCACAUUUUAGAGUGGCCUUUUAUUGUCUCCAGCACAAGGCACACCUGUGUAAUAAUCAUGCCGUUUAAUAAUCUUCUUUAUAUGCCACACCUGUCAGGUAGAUGGAUUAUCUUGGCCUAGGAGAAAUGCUCAUGUUUACAGGACUGUAAACAAAUUUGUGCACAACAUUUGAGAGAAAUUCGUUUUUUUGUGUGUGUGUAUGGAACAUUUCUGGGAUCUUUUAUUUCAGCUCAAGAAACAUGGGACCAACACUUUUUAUGUUGCGUUUAUAUUUUUGUUCAGUAUAGCAUGCUCAGCUGUCUAAUGUAAGGUAUAUAGGCUAAGAGUUAUUUGUGGUCAACAAAUAAAUGUUUAUAUUGAUA